GUUCUGUUCGGUUGUCUAUGGUUUCGUUGACAGUUCCAUUGACCGAAUAUUCUUGCUUGAAGAAAAAUCGGUCAAAUUCCACCUAAAUCAUGGCUUUCGGUGAUUAUCCGAAAGAAUACAACCCAAGUGUUCACGGUCCUUACGACCCUGCUCGCUACUAUGGCAAACCUGAUACUCCCUUCAGCCAGGUGAAGAUCGCUGAACUUGGAGCAUGGUUUGGUCGUAGGAACAAGUCGCCGAGCGCUUUCAUGGGCGCCUGCAGCAGAGCCUGGUGGAGGUGGCAGCACAAGUACAUGCAGCCUAAGCGAGUGGGGAUCGCCCCAUUCUUCCAGCUGCUGGUCGGGUCCAUGACCGUCUUCUAUGUCUUCAACUACGGAAAGCUCAAGCACCACAGGAACUACAAAUACCACUAAUCGGGAUCUCCUCAGUUUCUCUUUAGCCAUUCAACAACAUCAGAUCAAGUUCAGCUAAAUCAAGUUAUUCUCCAGGGUGCAAGUGUAUCUGUUUAGUAAAUGCCCUCAAUGUAUGGUUAUAUUGCAAUAAAUUAUUAGAAUCCA